AAGCAAGGGAGAGACCUUUUGCGAUAGGAAACUGAUGGUCUGCACUAGGUACGUGUAGAAUCGUACCUGUCGCUCAAUUGUCUCCUAGUCAAACACUGCUGCUGGCAGCUGAGCUGUCUCUCCUUUUCCACCUUCCUUUACCUGUCUGCCCUUUAAUAAUACCUGUCGUGCUCCACGUCCUGGAUUUCCCUGUGAGUUAACUCCCUUUUGGCAUAUUACCCGUUCCACUUCCCUGUUGACACGGGCCUCAUUUAAGUAGCGAUUUAAAAUUCGAGCGUUCCCCAUUCCCCUGCGUUCGCUGUUAUAAUCGAAUCUCAAUUCAUUCAUUGACCCAUCGACGCGCAUCGAUUACAUACCUCUUUUAACUAUCAGUCGCGAACAACCAGUUGAUCAAGAUGGGUGGCCAAGUGUCCAAGAUGAUGGCGAAGAUCUUCGGGACGAAGGAAAUGCGUAUUCUUAUGCUGGGUUUGGAUGCUGCUGGAAAGACUACAAUUCUCUACAAAUUGAAACUCACCAACCAAGACGUCACUACCAUCCCCACGGUCGGCUUCAACGUGGAGAGUGUGACAUACAAGAAUGUGAAAUUCAAUGUCUGGGACGUCGGUGGGCAAGACAAGAUUAGACCGCUGUGGAGACAUUACUAUUCUGGAACACAAGGCUUGAUCUUCGUCGUCGAUUCCAGCGACACUGCUCGCCUUGACGAGGCACGCUCCGAGCUCCACAAAAUCAUAAAUGACCGCGAAAUGAAAGAUGCUCUUCUGCUGGUGUUUGCCAACAAGCAGGAUAUCACAGGCCACCUAAGCCCAGAAGAGAUUACCAAUGCGCUCCAGCUUACGAAGCUGAAAGACAAGUUGUGGUAUGUCGUGCCUAGCAUUGCUACCGAGGGCACUGGUAUUUUCGAGGGUCUUGCUUGGCUAUCAAACAAUGUCAAGACUCAGCCUCAGAAGUAGCCGCAUCGAAUCCAUUAGCCCCUCGAUUUUCAGUGAAGCCAGGCCUCCUGUAUAUCACUUUCGAGCAGCCACCCACUCUCGCUUCAUGUCCGUUUUGAAUGACAGACGACGCAGCAUUGAAUUUCUGUUUGCGACUCGCGAUUAUGGUUUUUGUUCCUUUUUUCUCCCUUAUAUUUUCUUUUUUGAGUUUCCAUUUUACCUCUAUAUGAUAUCCCGCCUGGUCAGUUAUGAGUACCAUUUUAAUUAAUCCAUAAUAGCUUCUCACUCCCCUUUUUUUGUCAUCUCAAAAGUGUGAAUGGACAGCUCACUCAUACUCAACUGCCGAUUCUCUGCCGCGACUUCAACCUCUUUCUCAUCUGGGUGUUUAUUCAGAACCCGUGUAUAACAAUGAUAAUAUAGGGUGUCAUAUGGCAAUUGAUU